CAAGGAGACCAUUCAUUCACCUCUAAGUUCCAUGUCAUGUCGGCAGUGUGGCUUAUCUUCGAAGGGAGCCUGCUAACAUCAGUAUGGCAUCCGCAGCAUCCUCGGUGCCGUUCUGUCAUGUCCGUUGCUGGUAAUAGUUCUCAUUCAUUCGGAACCCGCGGUGUAGUCAAAUUCACUGGAUGCCACGAAGCUCCCAGGUGGUACGUAACUACCGCUGUCCUCAAUCAGGGUGCCAGAGGUGGCAUUGGGCCCUCCUGGACUGCGGGGUGUCGUUCAUGGGCCAUCACAUCACCGUCUGUGUUGUGCAUAUAAACUGCAGCCUCCUGGUGGAAGACAAACAGCCUACCGACCUACUGCAAAGUCGUGCAAUGUCUAGCGAAAGCCAAGAGAUUACGGGCGUUCUGAACUCAACUUUCGUCACCAACUGUUGCUAUAUCUCCUCCUUAGCUCUUUAUGUCUUCGACCAGUGCCUCAAUUCCGGACGAAUCAUCGAAUAUUUGUGGCAAAGGAAGAUGACGGCCUCAACGGCGCUUUUCGUGCUAUUGCAUAUAUCUGCAUUGCUCACAUUGCUGUUCGAUGUCGCUGUAUUGACAAUAACGGAUUGUAAAACUGGCUACGCUUUGACAAUCAUGUUCGAGACCUGGGAGGCAGUGCAGGGUAUCGUCAUUGCAGCAAUCACUGCUCUACGUGUUUAUGCUAUCGGUGGCCGCGACUGGAAGGUAACUGCUGUAGUCUUUAUACUGCAACUGCCAUUUGUGGCGGAGGUUCUCUAUGACUGCUCCUUGCUUGUGACUUACGUCGUCGCUCCGCCUGUCGGCUGCGUCUUUCUUGUCUCCAACGCACGUCUCUAUAAUAAACUCAACCUCUUGGGCGUAGUCACAGUCCUAGUGGCCGAUGCAAUCGUGCUGGUGGUCACUUGGAGACACACCUAUGGCAUGAAGAAAAUGGCCGCUGCUGCUCAUCUGGAUGUAUCACUGACGAGUCUGCUCCUCCGAGACGGCACGGUAUACUUCAGCAUACGUUUGAUUCUCGAUCUACUUUCACUUCUGAUGCAAUACACAAACGAAACCGCGGGCAUCGAUAACUUCAUCACGCCUUUCCUCGCCAUGCUCCUAUCGCGCUUCUUUCUGAACCUUCGUGACGUCGCGCUCGUUCCAAACGCCAGUGGGCAGACUAAAUCUUCGCAAAUGUCCGACAUAGGCUUCGCACACAGCCACCAUCAACUAGGAGGCUCCCUCACCCAUGGUCUACGCGAUGUCCGCGAAACAAGUGAUGAAAGCGAUAGCAACGCGCAUCUCGGCGCUGACGUCUCAGAAGAAAGCGGUGAGCUCGAAGGUCAUGAGCACAACGGGGAACAAGAUGGUAUCAUCGAAUUGGUUAGGAGAUCUUCGACACAAAAUCCAGUUGCGUAAUCUAGCGUGACUAUCCGUCCAGGUUCGAAGCUGUUGCAUAACUCUGUCGCAGGCUCGUGGGCUGUAGCCUUGCACCUAAUUCGGCUCGACCAUGUCGCCGACAUCGCCGACAAAUACCAUACUUAUCAGAAGUCACAUACAGGGAAUCUGAAGGAUGUCAUGAUGCUAUACACCGCGGCACCAGCGCUCAAUGACACGAGUUCGAAAUUCCCACUGAGCCUCAGUGUUGUAGCCGCGGGGGGACAUGUUGUGUACUUAUCUCUCAGCUGCAGGGUAUCCGUCUCACACACCCGCGGCCGCAUACUAUACACGUCCCAGGUAUGUCAACGCAGAGCUCGCGACUCGUAAUCUCCUAUCCACUCAUCAUAAUCUCCUAUUCACUCAUCAUCAAUGCUCCAGAC